AUGGGGGAAGAUCCGACCACAGCGCCGGCUCACGAGCCCGCCGAGGAGGAGACGGCGGCCUACCACGGGGACACCGAGACUGACCACGGCUCCACCGCGCAGCUUCGCGACGGCGCCACGGAGGCCACGGACCAGCCCACCAACGCCGCAGGGGGAGAAGAACCCCCAAACAUGCAAGGGGGAGCAGCACUCACAGCUGCCCAAAUGGAGGAGAUGAUGACCGCUAGCCUCCAACAAGCCGUCAACGCCGUGGGGGAGAUGAACACAUCGGCGCGAUCGGCGCGGCCCGGGGACCUCACCUUCGGCACGAUUCCCCGCAACAUGACCGGAAAAGGUGGUACCCCUGCUGGGGCGCCCAGCCAAGCCUCUGGAACUGACGACAGCCAGAACACGGGGGCGCGCACUACCCAGGUCCAGUCGCAGGAGGCCAUGACCAUCCCUGAUGCCGACGACCCGGUGGCCUUCGGGAACAUGACAGUAGAUCAUGAAGGGAAUUCACCACAGAAGCGAGGACGAAGCGCCGGGGAUCACAGCAGUGGAGUGGCGGGGACAACGUUGGCACCGACCCUGACCGUGGAAGCCAGUGCACAGGCACUCCGAGGCGAGCUUCGCGAAGGCUUCGCCCAACAACAAAGCCGCCUCUCGCGUGAGAUCAAGGAGGAGAUUGGGGAGGCCAUUACUAAGGUAAACCGCCGCAUCGAGGACGUGGAACGCGGGGUCACCAAGCAGCUCAACAAGGCCCUCUCCAGCAUGCAAGAGCUCUCUGCUCGACAGGACAAGCAGGGGGUCGCCAUAGUCCAGGUCGGGGCGGAAACCAAGCAGCUGGCAAACAAGAUCCUCCACCUUGAAGAGAAGCUCGCCAAGCUCGAAGGCCGGGGACGUCUCGAACGCCAUGAUGCCGGGGAACCCCGCAGACCCGCCUUCAUAGUCGGAGGGUGGAGCCCGGACCAGGAGGCCGCGACCACGUUGGAAAAAGCGAAAACAGUCCUGCGAGACUUGCAAGUCGAUGUGGACAUGGAAGGUGCAUUCGUCCCGGGGCUCCGCCGAGGAUACGUGAUCGUACCUAUGACUACCAGGGCCGACGAGGACACGUACACGAUGAGGGACCGCGUGCAGAAGGCCGUCGUUCGAGUUCGUAACGCAAACGUUACCUUGGGAGACGCCGUCCCGGCUUUGGAUGGCAGUGUCCCAACCGCCAGAGCGGAGGGAUCCCACCAAGCCCUGGACGUGGAGUUUGCUACUGGUUCCGUGUGGUACGACAACCGCAAGAUCUCUUCGACCGGGGGCCCAAAGCCAGAGGGGGCCACUGAUGCAGGGCCAGGAUGGGUCGACCUCGGGCAGAUCGCAAGGCUCCUGGGAGUCACCGGGGACACCAUCGCAGAUGCAUGGCGGCCGCUUGCGGUACAGCAGCGGGGAGAACCCCGCCAGGGCCCUGACCCCAAGUUACCCCCAGCGCCGCACGGGAUCGGGGCAUUCAUGGACGAUACCUACAUUUGGGGGUCGUGCCACAGCUGGAUCCAGAAGUGCCUGGACGCAACCCAGGCCCGGCUCCGACAACGGGGGCUCGAGAUUAACCCCAAGAAGACGAUGGUGAUGUGCAGCCGCAGUGCAGCCGAAGGCUGUGUGAUCGGGGACCGGACAGUACCCGCGGACCCCCCUGAGUCCAUCAUGCCAGUGCUCGGUUCCCCGCUGACCUUCAUCAAUCAACCGGGGGCACUGGUCUGCGAGAUGCAGCACAGAGCACGUCGGGGCUACCACGCAAAUAAAAAGAUCCUUACGUGCAAAGAAGCGCGGCUUGACGAUCGGCUCCGAUCAUCCAUCACCUUGAUACGGAGCGCGGCACUGUGGGCCUGUGAGACCUGGCCAAUAUCUGAUUACAUCCUCAAAGCUGCGAACAGCAUACAAUACCAUUAUAUCAGAGAAAUCAUUGGCCGCAAACGGGGGCCCCAUGAGGAAUGGCUCUCAUGGCAUCAAAGAACGCUGAGAGAAGCUCGCAUGGAAGUUUACCGAAACAAAUGCUGCGGGGGCCGCUGGAGCUCGUUCAUCUUGAGGGUGAGAUGGCAACUGCUGGGGCACGUCGCCCGCCACCCGAGCCCCACGAGGGAUAUCCUCGAAUGGCGCAACCAGCGCUGGUGGAACGCGCAACAGCGCUUGCAUCCAACCGUCGGGGCAAGGCACCCGCAUCAGUUCAAUUCCCAGCUGGAUGAUGAACGCAAAGUCAUCAAGACAGCGGGGACCGACUGGAUGCAGCAAGCCCAAGACAGGGAGCACUGGCAACGCUUGCUGGAUACGUUCUUGGAGCAGCAAGAUGUUGAGUGGGCCACAGGCAAGCAAGCCAAGCUCCAAAAUAUCAGGCAAGCCAAGCCAUCGGCUGCCAAACGGAAAGCACGAGCACCGCGGGGGCAAUUCCCAUCGGCAGCGUUGCUGGCGAUUACCGGGGGAAUGUGUCCGUAA